AUGGGCUGUGGUCAAACUAAAGAUGAUUACGCAAGUUAUCGACCACAAACUAUUUACAAUGGACAACCAAACGGUGUUCAACAUGCAUUAGAAACAAAUUAUUCACCAAGAGUUGAAGUUAAUUUAAGAGAUGAAGUUAAUCGAUCAGAUCCUAAUGUAUUUAACAAUACAUUUUAUCAACAACGUGAAAAUGCAAUUGAAAAUGUCUCGUUUCGGAAUGCAGUUGACUCUUGGUAUCCAUCAUCUCUUGAACAAUUAAUCGAUCAAAUAAAACAUUUAUCGUCAAAUAAAAAUGCGAUUGAUAAAGCAUGGAUUAUAUUUUAUUGGAUAUCACAAAAUAUUGAUUAUGAUGAUAACGCUUAUUUUAGAAAAGAUAUACCUAUACAAGGGGCUGAAGAUGUUUUUCGACGUAGAAAAGCUUUAUGUGAAGGAUAUGCAAUUUUCUAUAAAACUAUAGCCGAUGCCAUUGGUUUACAAUGUGGAAGAAUUAGCGGUUAUGCUAAAAUUCAUUCGUUUAAUCCACGAAAAAUAUUAAAAUUUGAAGAUACAAAUCAUGUAUGGAAUGCAAUUCAAAGUGAAAAGCAUUGGUAUCUCGUCGAUUGUACACAAGGCACGGGAUAUUUAGAAGGAAAAAAGUUUAAACAACAACUAAAUACAUACUAUUUUCUCUGUCGCCCUGAACAUUUGAUUUAUAAACAAUUUCCUCUUGAUGAAAGAUGGCAGUUAUUAUCAAGACCAAUCACUAUGAAACAAUUUCUUAGUAUGCCUGUAACAUGGCCUCAUUUUCAUGAAUAUAAUUUAGAAGUUAUUUCACCAAGAAGUAGUCCAUUCGCUCCUUGGUCGAAAGCUGGUUCAUAUUCCGAAAUACUUAUUCGUUGUCCAGCCGAUGUUCAAUUAUCAGGUUCAAUCAGACAAGAUGGACAAACAUAUGAAAAUAGUGAACUUGUACAAUAUGAUCCUGAUAAAGCAGUACAUCAAUGUUUAUUUGCUCCUCAACAAGUAGGAGCUCACACAAUUACAAUAUUUGCUAAAAAGAUCACUGAUGAUGUAGCUCAUUUAGCAGUCCGAUUUGAAUUAGAUGUUACAGAUUUAAAAGGACCAAUUACAUUUCCAUUGGCAUAUGGUACUGUUUACAAAAAACAUCCAUGUUUAAGAUAUAGCACAUUUCAUCAACAAAAUUGUAAAAUCUAUACUCCUCUACAUGGUAUAUUGGAAAAACAUUCUGAAGUCACAUUUCAUUGUCGAAUACCGGAUGCAAAAGAAGUGAAUUUAACAAUCGAUUCGAAAUGGUUAACGGUACAAGGUUAUGAAGAUAAUGUGCUAAAACGUACAAUUAAGGUUGGAACACAAGAUGUCGCAAUAUGGGCUAAAUAUGGUGAUAAUGCAAGUUAUGUGGGAGUUUUAAAGUACACCGUCGGAUAA